GGCAACGACAACGGAAACAUGAAGGACGACUUCGAGACGCGCAGCACGUACGUGGCGUCCAGCGAGCUGGAGUUCGUGAACUCGUGGAAGGAGAGCCCGCUGUGCGGGGACGCCAGCCUCCUGCUGAGCCCCUGCACCCUCAACGUCUUCCGCCACGCCUGGGCCAUGCGCAAGUGCAACAUCAUCAACAGCCAGACCUUCGCCGCCUGCCACAGCCAGGUGGGCCGCCCGCCCCUGGGGCCCCGGCCCCCCACGGCCAGGUCAGCCCCGGCCCUCGGGCCUGACUGCACGGCCGCCGGCGGGCACUGA